UAUGGGAACUAGAAACCUUACGCCUCAUAAAUCACUUUGAGAAGUCUAUGAAGGCAGAAGUUGAAGAAGAUGAUGAAUUAUACAUAGUAGACAACAAUGGAGAGGAACAGCUAUUUGACUGUAGUGGCCAAGAUUUUGAAAAUAAGCUUCGAGUUCCUCUUUUUGAAAUACUGAAGUACCCUUACUUGCUUCUGCAUGAGCGUGUUAAUGAACUGUGUGUGGAAGCACUUUGUCGAAUGGAACAGACCAAUUGCUCCUUUCAGGUGUUUGACAAAUAUCCAGGGAUCUAUUUGUUUUUGGUUCAUCCCAAUGAAAUGGUUCGGCGAUGGGCUAUUCUGACUGCAAGAAACUUGGGGAAAGUGGACAGAGAUGACUAUUACGACUUGCAGGAAGUUUUAACUUGCCUUUUUAAAGUCAUUGAGUUGGGGCUUUUGGAAAGUCCAGACAUUUACACAUCUUCUGUGCUUGAAAAAGGCAAACUGAUCCUUCUGCCUGCGCACAUGUAUGAUACUGCCAACUACAAAAACUAUUGGCUAGGUAUUUGCAUGUUGCUGACUAUUCUUGAAGAGCAAGCUAUGGAUUCACUGUUGUUGGGUUCAGACAAACAAAAUGAUUUUAUGCAGUCAAUCCUUCACACCAUGGAGAAGCAAUCGGAUGAUGACAGCAUGGAUCCUUUUUGGCCAGCAUUACACUGUUUCAUGGUGAUUCUGGAUCGCCUUGGAUCAAAAGUGUGGGGUCAACUUAUUGACCCCAUUGAAGCGUUUCAAACCAUUAUUAACAAUGUGAGCUACAACAGAGAGAUCCAAAAUAUACGGAAAAACUCCAUAAGGACCAAGUCAGAACCGGAGCCACAUUUUGAUGAUAUGGUGACGUGCAGCCAGAUUGUCUAUAACUAUAAUCCUGAAAAGACCAAAAAGGAUUCAGGGUGGAGAUCAGCCAUUUGUCCAGAUUAUUGUCCUAACAUGUAUGAAGAAAUGGAAACGUUAGCCAGUGUCCUUCAAUCAGAUAUUGGUCAAGACAUGCGUGUUCAUAACAGUACCUUUCUGUGGUUCAUACCUUUUGUUCAGUCACUCAUGGAUCUUAAGGAUUUGGGUGUAGCUUACAUUGUAGAAGUUAUUCAUCAUCUAUACUCUGAAGUCAAAGAUGUCCUCAACCAGACAGAUACUGUGUGUGACAAAGUCACUGAAUUUUUUAUUCUGAUUUUAGUGUCUGUGAUUGAACUGCAUAGAAAUAAAAAGUGCUUGCAUCUGCUGUGGGUGAGUUCUCAGCAGUGGGUAGAAGCUGUUGUCAAGUGUGCCAAGCUUCCUACCACUGCAUUUGCACGAAGUUCUGAGAAGUCACCUGGAAAUAUCCCUAAAGGAGCAGCAAUAAUACCACCAUUGACAUUGCAUUCAGUGCCCUCUAGCUCUGUUCAGCUUGCUUGUGUGCAGUUGAUUAGGGGACUCCUCAAAGAAGGUUAUCAGCUUGGUCAGCAAACACUUUGUAAGCGCUUCUGGGAUAAACUUAACUUAUUCCUUCGAGGAAAUUUAUCUCUGGGUUGGCAGUUGUCUACUCAAGAAACCCAUGACUUGCAAAUGUGUUUAAAACAAAUAAUUAAAAACAUAAAAUUCAAAAUGCCCCAGUAUAGCACUUUUGGGGAUCUGACUUCUACAUGUAAAACUUCUCCAUCUUUUAAAGAAGAAAGUGAACAAACAGACAGGAAGCCUAAAAGAGACUUUUAUUGCCCGGAAUAUUGCAGCCCCACAUCUUCUAAAGAAUCAGAGAAAGCUGACAGCAAUCAGGUAUUGAUUAAAGCAGAUAAUACAGAAGAGGAGGGCAUCAAGCAGCAUUACAUUGAUUUGAAUGAAGACGAGCCUCUUCCAGCUGAGUUGUGCUUGAAGGGGAAGAGUGAGGCCCCUUUUUUUGGACGUGUUCAAGAGCAAGUUAAAGUAAGCACAGAGAAGUCUGUAAAAGAAAACUCUUCAUAUACACUACAGAAUAAUACUUUAAGAAAUGGCCUAGAAUGGGAAUGUGACAGAGGAGUAAUAAUAUCAAUGCAUUCAUUGACUAAUUCUAGCAUGGAUUCUGUGGAAAAGGUAUCUACAUCAAAUGAAGAUGUCUCAGUAAAGAAUGAAACUAUUGGCCAAAACUCAAAACCAAAGUCUAAAGCACAGAAGGAUGAGAUUUGUGCAAAGUUAUCACAUGUCAUAAAGAAACAACACAGGAAAAGUACUUUGAUCAAUAAUACUAUUAGUCUAGAGGAAAAUGCAGCCUUGUCUGACCUUGAGAACUCCUGUUCAGGAAUAGAUAGACGGUUUCUAAAGGAAGAUACUGUCAAACAUGAUGUGUCUGUAGACCCUGUUUCAGAUGAUGAACAUGGAGAGCAAAAUUCUCAUAAGAGUUCAUUGUUAAAAAAGAAACAGUUAAAAAGCGAGGAGUUAGAUAAUUCUGAUGGGAAAAAGUGUCAAACCCAGGAAUGCCAUGCUGCUGCUGAUUUGUUACCAGUUACUGAUAGACUGGUGAAGAAAACUUCAUAUGAGGGUCCUGAAAAGGUUGAAGUUGAAUCAAGAGAUAAGGAAAUAAAGAGUACAGUGAUGACUUCUAACAUGGUAAAAGGAGAGGUGCCUCAUGGCAAUAGCAAGCCUUUGGUAACAGGUCCUCAAAUAGACCCUUGUAACAUAGCUUUAAUAGCUCAAACCACUGUUAUUCAAUUUCCAUCAGGUUCAAGUAAAAGUCCAUCCCAGCUACAAAGAAAAGAUGAUAUAAGAUGUUUGACAGCUAACCCAAACAGUGCUGAUACCUGCCACGAGCAAGUUAUUGUUAUUUCAGAUUCUGAUGAAGAUGAUGAUGAGAGAAGUCAUGGCAUUGAGAAACACAUCAAACAGGACAAAGUAUACAUGGAGAAAGAAUGUCCAGAGCAGCAUGGGUCAGUAGUCAAUAGCAUUGUGGAACAUAUAAAGGAAGAAGAAACAAAGUACCCUAUUGAAUUUGAAGACUCUGAAUCUCAGGUUUUUGAGUUUGAAAGUUGUUCUGAAGUGUUCUCAGUUUGGCAAGAUCAUAAAGUAGACAGUAAGAACUCCCUUCAAGAGGAAGGAAGAAGCUAUCUAACUCAUGUAGCUGAUAGUACAAAUGAUAAUUUGGGUUGUGGUGUAGACUCUGUGUCUGAAGAGGUUGUUAUAAAUGAAGCAGAGGAUAUUGAAGAGCAUAGAGAACCACACAGUAGUGUUUCUGUUGAGGGAUUUUGUAAAACCGGAGGAAAACAUAAGAGAAAACAGUGUAAAAGAGUUACAACUGAAGAUGCUCAGAAAUCUUCAUUUUCCUUCAUAGCUGAGCAAUCGACUGAUGACAGAGAUCUUUCUGGAAGUGAUUUAAAAAGCACAGACAUAGGGACGUCAGCUCUCAGUUCAAGUGUUGAGAGAGAUUCUGCAGUUUCACUGAUGUCUACAAAGCUUCAUACUCACUCUAAACCUGUCAGGAAAGUUCCAGCUUCUAAGGCGAUUAAGAAAACCUAUUUAGACACCAAAAGAGGUCGGAGUAAGAGUUUAUGUUACAUCAGCUGUAGAACAUCUCCUGCUGUUGUGCCACCAAAGAAAUUUCGCCAGUAUCCCCAGCCAUCUUCAGUGCCUGAAAAGCUUGGUCUAAGAAAAGGUCCCCGGCGGGCAUUUGAGUUGUCUCAGAGGUCUUUGGAGUCUACAUCCCAAUUACGUCAACAUGGUAAGACUGUUGGAGUAGUUAACGUCCCCAGAAAGGCUAAAAUAAUUCAAUCCUUAAGAAAUAAGAAGUUGAUGACAAGCCAGGAAAUUCAGUUUCAAAAACUUAGUAGAAGCAGAUCACAUAAAAAACGAGACCUUGAUUACAAAAAUACUGAUACUGUGAGAAUAGUGCUGGGUUCUGAUGUACUUGUACCAGACUCUGAUGGGCCAGAUAAUCAUAGAGGAAGUGAGCCACCUGCCAACAGUAAUGAAAAGCAAUUAGCAAAGUGCAUGCCUUCUAAACCAGAAGUGGCAGAAGCCAUUUCCUGUCCUCAGGUGAUGGAUAUAGCUGGUCUUGUGAACCAGUGUGAGUCUGGAGUGUCAAGUGAAGGAGUACCGACAGAUGAGGACCCUGUGGAUGAAGAUGCUGUGAAAGCUACAGAGCCAGAAUCUGGUAGUGAUACAGAUGAUGACAAUUUAUUCCUAACACAACAUGAUCCUCUAGAUAUGGAUCUGUGCUCACAGAUGGAAAAUAAACCAAUUAUAGUGGCUCAUAAAGAUACAAUUCGGAGAGAAGAUUUUGUAAGUCAGCCUCAGUUGGAGUCUUUGAAUGUCACAAAGUGUAAGUACAAAGACUGUGUUGAAUCCACGAUAAACCAGGGUGAAUACUGCCCAAGACACUCUGAAGCUAAACCAGCAGAUGACGAUGUGUUUCGUAAACCCCUUUCUGUACCCAGGCCCUCAAGACGUACUACUACCAAGAUAUUUAGCUCAAGCAGUGCUUCACGAACUGCCAAUUUUUCCAAGUCUUUGGAAAGUACCAUUCUUCAGUCAGCACUAAAAAAGCCAAAUGUGGCACAGCCUAAUUUGAAGGUGACACCACCCUCUUCCCUGGUGUCUCAGAAGCCAGUGGCUGAGGUGAAAAGUUUAUGCAAUAUUUCUCAUUUUCGGACUCCAGGCAGUUCCAUCAGACAUAGUUACAAGCCUAUACUUAUUGAGACCAAGCCUAUGUCAGCUUCUUCUCGAGUGAAUAUUCCCUUACCAUCACAGCCUAUCUUUGACACCUUCAUUAAGGAGGUCUUAAAAUGGAAAUACCAAAUGUUUUUGAACUUUGAUAAAUGUGGCGCCCCAGCAAGUCUCUGUCAAUCUAUCUCAAGAUCUGUUCCCGUCCAAUUUCAAGAUUAUGCAGAGUAUUUUAAUGUUUUUCUCCCUUUGAUUAUAUUGAAUACUUUUGAAACAGUGGCACAGGAAUGGUUCAACUCUCCAAAUAAAAAGAAUUUCUAUCAUUUGCAUUUACGAAAAUUUCCAGCCGACUAUAAAAAAUACUGGGAGUUUAUGAUUUACCUGGAGGAAUCUGAACUAGCUAAACAGCUUCAUCCAAAGGAAAACGAUCUGGUGUUUUUGGUUCCUGAGAGUCUAAAUAGAGAGGAGAAAGAUAUGGACGAGAAUGACAUGCAAGAUCGAAAUGCCUAUUACUGUGGUUAUGUUCAUAAGUUUCGCCGUACUUCAGUCAUGAACAGUGGAAAAACUGAGUGUUCCUUGUGCAUCCAGACACAAGAUAACUUGGCAGCCAGACUACAGGAACUUACAAAAUGUUUUGUAAUCAGUUCUCUAGUAACCACACAGAGAAAAUUGAAAGCCAUGUCUUUGUUGAGCGGUCGGAACCAGUUGGCCAGAGCUGUUCUAAAUCCAAACCCCAUGGACUUCUGUACCAAAGACCUAUUAACGACAACAUCUGAAAGAAUUAUUAACUACCUAAAAGACUUCAAUGAAGAUCAAAAGAAAGCCAUAGAAACUGCAUAUGCAAUGGUGAAACACUCACCAUCUGUUGCCAAAAUCUGUUUGAUUCAUGGACCACCUGGAACAGGAAAAUCAAAAACCAUUGUUGGUCUCUUGUACCGCUUAUUGACAGAGAACCAGAGAAAGGGCCACUCAGAUGAAAACUUCAAUGCCAAAAUCAAGCAAAACCGAGUCCUCGUGUGUGCACCUUCCAAUGCAGCUGUUGAUGAACUUAUGAAAAAAAUCAUCCUUGAAUUCAAAGAAAAAUGUAAAGACAAGAAGAAUCCUAUGGGAAAUUGUGGAGAUAUAAAUUUAGUACGACUGGGUCCAGAAAAGUCUAUUAAUACGGAGGUCCUAAAAUUUAGUUUGGACAGUCAAGUCAACCACAGAAUGAAAAAAGACUUGCCUUCUCAUAUUCAAGAAAUGCUGAGAAAAAAAGAGUUUCUAGAUGGUCAACUCGAUGAACUUUCUCGUCAGCGAGCUCUGUGUCGAGGUGGGCGGGAGAUGCAGAGGCAAGAAUUAGAUGGACACAUUGUCAAAGUUUCAAAAGAAAGGCAGGAACUUGCUUCAAAAAUUAAAGAGGUUAAGGGACGUCCACAGAAAACACAGAAUACCAUCAUCUUGGAGUCUCAUGUCAUCUGCUGCACAUUGAGCACAAGUGGUGGUUUGCUGCUUGAGUCUGCUUUUCGAGGGCAAGGGGGUGUCCCCUUUAGUUGUGUCAUUGUUGAUGAGGCUGGGCAGUCUUGUGAAGUUGAAACACUUACUCCACUAAUCCACCGCUGCAACAAACUUAUCCUAGUAGGAGACCCCAAACAGCUCCCUCCCACCGUCAUUUCUAUGAAAGCACAGGAGUAUGGGUACGGCCAGUCAAUGAUGGUACGAUUCUGCAAGCUGCUUGAAGAUUAUGUGAAACAGAACAAGAUUGGCAGGCUGCCGGUUUUACAGCUUACCGUUCAGUAUAGGAUGCAUCCAGACAUUUGUCUCUUCCCUUCUAAUUAUGUUUAUAACAAAAACUUGAAAACAAAUAGAGGCACUGAAUCCGUUCGAUGUUCGUCAGAGUGGCCAUUUCAGCCCUACCUUGUGUUUGAUGUUGAAGAUGGUUCAGAACGACGGGAUAAUGACUCAUAUAUAAAUGUUCAAGAAAUAAAGUUGGUGAUGGAAAUAAUUAAACUUAUUAAAGACAAAAGAAAAGAUAUUUCCUCCCGAAAUAUUGGCAUAAUAACCCAUUACAAGGCUCAGAAGACUAUGAUUCAGAAGGAUUUGGAGAAAGAAUUUGACAAGAAAGGGCCUGCAGAAGUGGAUACAGUGGAUGCCUUCCAGGGCCGGCAGAAAGACUGUAUAAUUGUUACAUGUGUCAGGGCAAGUUCUGAGCAAGGCUCAAUUGGAUUCCUGGCCAGUUUGCAGAGAUUGAAUGUCACCAUUACACGAGCCAAAUACAGCCUUUUUAUCCUUGGACAUUUGAGGACUCUGAUGGAAAACCAACAUUGGAAUGAACUGAUUCAGGAUGCUCAGAAGCGUGGGGCCAUUAUUAAGACCUGUGACCCAAACUACAGACAUGAUGCAAUGAAGAUUCUGAAACUGAAGCCUGUGCUGCAGAGGAGUCUGACCCAUCCUCCAGCCACUGCCCCAGAAGCACCCAGACCUCAGGGUGGCUUGCCCAGCAACAAGCUAGACAGUGGACUUGCCAAGACACCUUCUGCCGCUUCUCUGUACCACACACCCUCUGACACUGUCACUUCAAAGGAACCUGAAAGGACACCUCAAGACCGACUUCGAGAUCCACGACUACUUAGGAGAUUGGAUGCUGAAUUCAAGGGAACAUCCCUGAAGGAUCCACAGUCUGUGGGCUCCCAUUUUCUGGACCCGAAUUUUGUUGUGGGACCAUCCAUGGCUAUCGUUGCUCCUCUGGGUAGCCACAGGUCACCUCUACAGGCUGAGCCACCACCUGCUCACCCUGCUGCUCCUUCCACAAGUAAGAGGAAGUACAGUGGCUCGGACUCUGGGUUCAGUCACAGAAGAGAGCCUAGGGCCUUUGGUGAAGAAGAAAGGCGUGGCUCUGUGAGUCAUCACAUGCUGAGGAGUGCUGACUGGGACAGGAGGAGGCUGGAGCAGGAGCCCAGCAGUGCCAAGAAGAGCCGGUUUCCAUAGUAGCUCUUGGUGAUGAGACUGUCAUUCGCACGUAACUAGUACAGAUAAGCUGGGUUUUAUUUUUGUUUCCCUUGAAGAAUCUGUGUUAAAGGAUGGAAAUACCUCCUAACCCUUGGGCUGUUGGUCAUCUUCAGGAUUUUUUGCCAGUUAUAUACAUUUGGAGAGGGUGUUUAUAUAUCUCUAAUGUCCUUGAGGCCAAAAAUUCAAAAUGUUGGAAUAUUUUGUUCUAUAGAAAAGGUCAGGUCAAAUGAAUGCUGUGAAUCUGUGUAGCACAUAUAAAAUCCUUUAAAAAUGUAAGCAGGUAGAUGACAUUUCUUUCCUCUGCUGAAAACAUUGUAGUCAUUUUCCAACAGAACAAACUUAGUAGUUAGGAGGACAGCUCCUUUCAGUCCUUGUGAGGUAGACAAGUUUCUUUACCAGCCUCAGUACUGGAAGUUAGCCAAGUUGGUACCAGUGACCAGUGUCUUGAAUAAAAAACUGCUGGGGUCUCUUGGUCCUUCAGAAGGCGGCAUGUCGGAAGCUGUUGUGCACUUUGAGACAAGGCAGCUUGGCACAGGGGAUUACCGUAACUCAGUGUAUGACUUAGUUUUCUGGCUAAUAGUUUUCUGGCUAAAUUUCCUUCCUUUCUCAAAACAGAAGAACAAUUCUUGAACUGUCAGAUGUUCCCAGUGUUUCAUAAGGUUGAUGGAACUGCUGAGUUGGAGACACUGUUACAGAAUGGAGGGUUUGUACUGGCCUGGCCUCUGCAGGUUGCUUGGGAAGGCUUGAGGGUUGCUAGAAAAAUAAGAGUUGAUGCUUUUGGGGGGAUUCUUUGGAAGCUGCACAGGACAGAGCAGAUAGUGCAUCUCAGGCAGGAAAGGUAUGUGAGAAAGAGAAAGCUGCCAGCUGGGCUUCGGGACCAUCCAGUAGGUGGGAGUGUUGUAUUACUGGAUGCCUGGCCUUCAUCACCUAGUAUGCCUGUGAGAGGAACUGGAGUCAGGACAAGGGCGGGCUGCCUAACCAGUCAGGUUUCCAAACCUCUGUAUAGCAGAGCAUGUGAACGUGAGGGUCUGGUAAACUACUGUGCAUACAGCCCAUUAGCUGCUUUGGGGAGGAAGGCAUCUCUUGAAAAUUAAUGUUUGCUGUUUGGAAUUCUGUCAUCUGUUCUUAAGCAAAAGGGUUUUUGAAAUUCUGCUGAAGUAGGUUUUAUUUGUUAAGAACUUUUGAAAAAACAGUGUGCAUUUUGCCAAGUUUCCUGAGCUCUCUCUCUGCACUGGUGCUCAGACAUGUACCCUUAACGUCUCCUGGACACUUGUAAAACUAGGGAGUUGGCAUCUUGAGAGUGCUUCAGCCUCCUGGCUGGCCCCAGCUAGGUGGAAGUAAAUCUGCCCUGGCUAGGGCAAGGGUUAAUAAGUCUCUUGCAUGUGACAUAAGCAGGAAACCUCACUGUUACUUGAAAUUUUCUUUCAUGGUGUCUUUAAGAAGUACUCAGGUUAACAGGGAUUUGAGAGUGUGACCACUUUAGGAAAAGUGGGCUUCUGAGUGGGGCAUAUGUGACAAAACAGCAGUGACCAGGACAUUUCCCUCUGCUCAUGUUACCGCAUAGGUGAAGGAACAUGUUUUUAAAAAGAUGAUUUUCCAAAACAUGUGCUUGGCUGCCACCCAGAGUAUUGUAUCGAAUCGCAUGUGUUUCUUCAUCUGCAGACUCACUGCUAACCUCAUCAGGGUAUGUGAGAAUUAGGAGGGUCUUAAAACCCUGUUUAUUUUGUGAGUGUAAGAGCUACUAGGACUAGACUCUGGCCAGGGCCUUGAGUCCUUGUAUCCUCCUUUCCAGCAGCCAGGCCUCGCCUUCGAAUACUCUCUCAGCAGAAUGUAGUUGUGUGGCAUUAGAGUUUGAAACCUUAUUUAUUUCAGUUGGUAAAGGUAUUUUCAGAAAGUGUUUGCUGUGUCAGGUGGCCUUUUCUGAAGGUGCUGUCAUGAGCACUUAAGGCUGACAAGAUGAAAAGUUGACUUUGUCCUUUCUGUGGUUAAAGGAACUUUCCCUGACUACUUUCAGAAUGUUAAUUCCAGGCGGAUGUAUACCUGUCUUAAUUUGCUUCUCUUUAAUUUACCACAGUUUGUUCAGUUAUGCUUUCAUGAAAUAUCAGGAGCAAAUUUGAACAAGAACGUGUGAAUAACCUCCUGUAAAUGAGUUUUAUAACAAAAGUGUACUAAACUAUUUUCUAAAAUUAUUUAACGCACAUUGGGAAUCUUUCUGUAGCUUUGUGUUUUGUAUGCUCUGGUUUCAUAACUGGAUUUUAACAAAUGUAAACCUGUUAUCUUUGUUAAUAUCUAAAAUUUAUCUAAAAUUUAAGAGAAAAUGGCAGAAUUAAAAACAAAAGAAAACU